GAGAGGGGGGAAAACUUCUCUAAGUCCACAAGCUGGCAUUGGAGGGGGAGACAGCGGUCAUGUGGUUCUGGCCAUCCUACCCUCUGUCACAGUGCGGAUGAGAGCUUUUUGCUCUUAUCCAAUCAUGCCUGGAAUGCCGCUUGCCACUUGGGUUAUUUCUGCUAUCUGUCGCUCUUAGUGCCGCAGUGCUAAAGGUUUGGCAGAUGGGACACUUUUUCUUGGAGUUUGUGUCUUUGGUUUUUGACUUCUGGCAGCGCCGGGCUUGUUGUUGCCGCUCGCCCUCUCCCUCCCUGGCCCUCUGGGCACCAUGGCCCAUCGGCUUCGGUUUCAUUUUGGCUCUGGUCGCAGCAACACAGCCCCCGAAUCAGAGAUCCUAGACCAGGAGAGAGAAGACGACUUUUUCAUGGCAUUCCACACGCUCCCGCGGAGGAGCGGCCCUCACCCCUUUGCCUCUCAUGGAGCGGAGGAUGGCGGAGGUGGCCUGCAGGCAGGCGUGGGCGCGCUGAAGCGCAGCUCGUCCAUGUUCAUCCCCCAGCUCCUGAGCCCCGUUGACACGCGGCCCACCCGGAGUUCAUCCGUGCAGAUCUCGCUGCAGCGCAAAGCUGCCGACGGGGCCCCCGACGGGUGCGGGCCCCCCGAGGGCCUGGACGGCGACGUGGGCUCAGUGCCUCGGAGCGGCUGCUCUGAGACCCCGGAGCCCAAGAGCCUCGAGAAUCCCUCUCCCGGGGCCGCCAGGGCUCCGGGCCCGCAGGUCAACGGCACGUGUGGCCGACGAGCACCCGGUCUCACAGCCCCCGAUGGCCGCGAGGAGGCCAAGCCUUCGAUCACCCAGGGGCCCGAGGGCAGCGGAGGACUCCGCAUCCAGCACCGCGCCUCCAGCGCGGAUGUGCGCCAGGUGAGGCUGACGCCCUUCGGGGCUGACGGCCCAAGCAGCUUGUCGGCGCAGGAGCCCAGGCGCUGGUCCCUGCAGCACGUUCCAGAUGCUUCUGGAAGUUCUGGGAAGCGGUGUUUUGUCUUCCAGUUGCAGCAGCCUCAACCCGGUGUGCCAGGGCUGGGUGGUGACUUCAACUUCGGGUUCACCGGCACCAAGGGGGACAGGUUGGUGAGGUAUCCCCGCAUCCGGCUAGAGAGGAGCACCUCGUACCCCACGCAGCCCCGAGCAGAGCGCGGGAGCCCCACAGAAGAGCACGGCCAUCCAGAGACACCACCCCGGGGCCGCAGGGUGGCUCCCGAAAUCCACAGGACCAACUCCGUGGAAAGGACGCCGCAGGGUCAGGGCUGCACGUUUAAGAUCAGGCAAGAUCAAAAUGCGGGGCAGCAGCAUUUCAGAAUUCUUGUGACUCGGGGGCCAGAGGAAGCUCCUCAGAAUCCCGAGGAGAAUAACGCCUCCUGCCCUGGUUCCUCAGGAGCCAGCGCCCCGACACGAGACGACUUCCUGGGACAGGUGGACAUACCCCUUAGUCAUCUCCCGACAGAAGACCCAACCAUGGAGCGACCCUAUACAUUUAAGGAUUUUCUCCUCAGACCAAGAAGUCAUAAAUCACGAGUUAAGGGAUUUUUGCGAUUGAAGAUGGCCUAUAUGCCCAAAAACGGAGGUCAAGAUGAAGAGAACAGUGAGCAGAGAGAUGAAAUGGAGCCGGGGUGGGAAGUUGUUGACUCGAAUGACUCGGCUUCUCAGCACCAGGAGGAGCUUCCUCCCCCACCGCUGCCCCCUGGGUGGGAAGAAAAAGUGGACAACUUAGGUCGUACUUACUACGUCAACCACAACAACCGGACCACCCAGUGGCACCGACCCAGCCUAAUGGAUGUGUCUUCUGAGUCCGACAGCAACAUCCGGCAGAUCAACCAGGAGGCAGCACACCGUCGCUUCCGCUCCCGCAGGCACAUCAGUGAGGACCUGGAGCCCGAGCCCAGCGAGGGCGGAGAUGGCCCUGAGCCUUGGGAGACCAUUUCGGAAGAAGUGAACAUCAGUGGAGACUCCCUCAGCCUGGCGCUGCCACCACCGCCAGCCUCACCCGUGUCUCGGACCAGCCCUCAGGAGCUGUCUGAGGAACUGAGCAGAAGACUUCAGAUCACUCCAGACUCCAAUGGGGAGCAGUUUGGUUCUUUGAUUCAGAGAGAGCCCUCCUCGAGGUUGAGGUCCUGCAGUGUCACCGACGCAGUCACCGAGCAGGCUCAUCUACCACCGCCCAGUGCCCCAGCUGGGAGAGCACGCUCAUCGACUGUCACGGGUGGUGAGGAGCCAACGCCAUCAGUGGCCUAUGUACAUACCACGCCGGGCCUACCUUCAGGCUGGGAAGAAAGAAAAGAUGCAAAGGGACGCACAUACUAUGUCAAUCAUAACAAUCGAACCACAACCUGGACUCGACCUAUCAUGCAGCUCGCGGAAGAUGGUGCAUCCGGAUCCGCCACAAACAGUAACAACCAUCUAAUCGAACCUCAGAUCCGCCGGCCUCGUAGCCUCAGUUCGCCAACAGUAACUUUAUCUGCCCCCCUGGAGGGUGCCAAGGAUUCACCCAUACGUCGGGCUGUGAAAGAUACCCUUUCCAAUCCACAGUCCCCACAGCCAUCACCUUACAACUCCCCCAAACCACAACACAAAGUCACACAGAGCUUCCUGCCGCCCGGCUGGGAAAUGAGGAUAGCGCCCAACGGCCGGCCCUUCUUCAUUGACCAUAACACAAAGACUACGACGUGGGAAGAUCCGCGUCUGAAAUUUCCAGUACACAUGCGGUCCAAGGCAUCUUUAAACCCCAAUGACCUUGGCCCUCUUCCUCCUGGCUGGGAAGAAAGAAUUCACUUGGAUGGCCGAACUUUUUACAUUGACCAUAGCAGCCAGGUGUUAUGUGGCGAGAACGAUGCCAGAGACGCAGUGCCCUUGGACGAUAGCAAAAUUACUCAGUGGGAAGACCCAAGACUGCAGAAUCCAGCUAUUACUGGUCCGGCUGUUCCUUACUCCAGAGAAUUUAAGCAGAAAUAUGACUACUUUAGGAAGAAAUUAAAGAAACCUGCUGAUAUUCCAAAUAGGUUUGAGAUGAAACUUCACAGAAAUAACAUAUUCGAAGAGUCCUAUCGGAGAAUCAUGUCUGUGAAAAGGCCAGAUGUCCUGAAAGCAAGGCUGUGGAUUGAAUUUGAAUCGGAGAAAGGUCUGGACUACGGGGGCGUGGCCAGAGAAUGGUUCUUCUUACUGUCCAAAGAGAUGUUCAACCCCUACUAUGGUCUCUUCGAGUAUUCCGCAACGGACAACUAUACACUUCAGAUCAAUCCCAAUUCAGGCCUCUGUAAUGAAGAUCAUUUGUCCUAUUUCACUUUUAUUGGAAGAGUUGCUGGCCUGGCAGUAUUUCAUGGGAAACUUUUAGAUGGUUUCUUCAUUAGACCAUUUUACAAAAUGAUGCUGGGAAAGCAGAUAACUCUGAAUGACAUGGAGUCUGUGGAUAGUGAAUAUUACAACUCUUUGAAAUGGAUCUUAGAAAAUGAUCCAACUGAAUUGGAUCUUAUGUUCUGCAUCGAUGAAGAAAACUUUGGGCAGACAUAUCAAGUGGAUCUGAAGCCCAAUGGGUCAGAAAUAAUGGUAACAAAUGAAAACAAAAGGGAGUAUAUUGACCUCGUCAUCCAGUGGAGAUUUGUGAACAGGGUCCAGAAGCAAAUGAACGCCUUCCUGGAGGGAUUCACGGAACUGCUUCCUAUUGAUUUGAUUAAAAUUUUUGACGAAAAUGAGCUGGAGUUGCUGAUGUGCGGCCUCGGUGAUGUGGACGUGAACGACUGGCGACAACAUUCUAUUUACAAGAACGGCUACUGCCCGAACCACCCUGUGAUUCAGUGGUUCUGGAAGGCUGUGCUGCUGAUGGACGCUGAGAAGCGGAUCCGGUUACUGCAGUUCGUCACCGGGACGUCCCGAGUACCUAUGAAUGGAUUUGCCGAGCUUUAUGGUUCCAAUGGUCCUCAGCUGUUUACAAUAGAGCAAUGGGGAAGUCCUGAGAAACUGCCCAGAGCUCACACAUGCUUUAAUCGCCUUGACUUACCUCCAUACGAAACGUUCGAGGAUUUACGAGAGAAGCUUCUCAUGGCUGUGGAAAAUGCCCAAGGAUUCGAGGGGGUGGAUUAGGUGCCCCUCGCCUCGGAGUGGUUGUUCUUCGAGCAAGUCCUGCUUGCACUUUUGCAUUUGCCUAACAGACUCUGCAGAGACCGUGGCAGAGAGCGGUGUGCGGCGUGGGCUCCUGGAGCCGAGCCUUCGCCUGCGACUUGCCCACGUUCUGACACGGGAACCCAGUCCCAGGUCGCGUUCCUGCAUCUUCCACCACAAGUUACCAACUGGUUGAUGUGUAUACUAAUUACAUUUCAGGAGGACUUAUUCUAUUUAUGUUGUGCCUCUGUAGGCCAAGCCCUUAAUAAAUAUUUUACAUACUUUAUAAUGACAGCGAAUGGAAUUAAUCACUCUCCAGGUAUAGUAUUACAACUCAUGUUUACUUCUUAAAAUGAUUUAGACCGAUUUGCAGAUUUUAUUUCAGUACAAUUAAAGAUGUCUCAUGUACUUGGAAAAAGUGAGCAUAUUUUUUUUUUUUUUGUAUUUGAAUUUCAUACCAGGUUUAAUGUCUAUGACGUUUUUCUUUCUAAAAGUACUUGGACACUCCUCUUCCCCGCUUUUAUUAGAACUGGAAGACUGACUUUUGUCCCAAAACCUUCUGCAGACAAAUACUUUGAGAGAACUAAAACUAUAUCCUUUAGGCAUCAUGACAGUUUUUUCUGUACUCAGAAUGAAAACAAACUGGAUAUUACCUUUUUUUUUUUUUGUACAAAUUUAGCGUAAUAGCUACAGGCUGAGAGAAUUGUGACCUAGCAUGGCAAAUUUUGUGUUGACUGGAAGGAAUCACACCAUUAUUCCUUAGACGUAAUUACGUGUGUGCUAUGACACAUUUGAGGCAGGGUUGACUAGCCUUUCUCGUAAGAGAAAUUACUUAACCCUCCCUGACGCUGUACAGUCCUCCUAUCCUAUUUCCCUCUUUGCUGUUCGUAGUAGAGACAUUUGAAUGAAACUCGGCACCACGUGAUUUGAACCUGUGGAAGCCAGAUCUGUGUAGCCUCCUGUUUGUACGUGUCCGCUAAUGGUAGCUAAAUAACCAAUUUUUGUUCUAACUGCACCGAUUCUGAAGGCACUUUAUGUACUACAUGGAGGUCAAACCUGGUUUGGUUUUGUUUUUCUCAUAAACAUUAAAUGUGACGAUGCCUUCCUGGCCCUGCACACACCUUUCCAGUGCAAUGUCUGUCAGUUGUGCAUCUGGCUGCUUGUGUAUAAAACCUGGAUGUAAAGCUGAGCCUACCAACCUGUCCCCCCCAUUGUGUGUGAUUUCUACUCCACUACAGAGAUUAAUUUAAUAGAUACUUAAUCUAACCGGCUUUUGUUCCCUGUGACGCAUUGCAUGCUUCGAUACUGUGUGCUGCCCGAGCUGGGCCAGUCGUGGGCUGGACAGAAAGUGCGAGACGAUGUGGUCUGUUCCACUGGUCAGAUCCUCACGAGGAUGGAAGGGGCCGCCCCCCAGAUUUGAUUCUUGGCCCUCGGUGCAGAACUCUGCUCUGUUUGGAGAGAACGCCUGAGUCAGUGUAGGACCCCUGCCGCCUUUAACCUCUGUUGUCCUGGGCCCCCCCCGGUGGCAGUCAGGGGACACUAGACCUCUCCUCUCUUGCCGGUCGUAAAUGAGUCAGAAAAAUCAUGAUUUCACAGCCUCUGUUUAUGGUGUAAGAAGGAUCUUUGGUGUUAGACAUUCAUUUCCCCAGCGCUGGAUGGCUUGCGGGAAGCCACAAAUGUUUGUGGUCACAAAUGAGUUGUCUGAAGGGGCCGGAGGCCUAGGUGUGUAAAAGAAGGUGGACUUCUCUAGAGUUAAGGAUUGCUCCCUUCUCAUAGUGAUUUUAAGAUAUCCAGGGGUCAUCAGAAAACCUGGGUGUUGAAUAAUUAGAGGGGGAAAAAAAAAGAACAAAAAACACGGCUCAUUUACCUACCAGUGGGAUUUUCUUCCUCUUCAGUCAGUGUAACACAUGUCUCCGUGGCAACCCUCCCCCUUCUUGCAGCCCCUCAAGUCCAGACUCAUGCCAAAGCCUGGAAGCGCAGGGUAGGUUCUGAGAGUGAGUCUGUAAUUAUAGGGGGAGAAAUCUAGCAAUUCUUGUCUAAGAACUAAGAUUCUUCUGUCAUUUUAUAAUCGGUGUAUUCAGGAAAAUCACUGCAUUUUCGCUAAAUGCAAAGUAUUGAAAAUAUGAAAGAAAACCCAUUCCAAGAUACUUCCUGGGCCAGGAACGGAUAAGCGUUCUCGAAAUAUACCCCCAUGCAUUACUUGAAAGCCAGUAAUUGUGCAUGACAGUUCAGUUCAUCUAGCCCUUAAUAUCUGAUUGCAGUAACAACUCGAAAGUACUGGGUUUAGAGUCUGUUUGGAGUUUUUUGUUUGUUUUUAAUCCAAAUAAGGGUUUGUAAUUUUCAGCAAUGCUCUGUUUCACUUUUAGUCUAAAAUAGUGAUACAUCUUGUUUCCUCUCAAUCCUGACGAGCAUGCUCCGUCAUCUUUAUGACGUGCUCACAGGGGGCAAAGAGCGCAGAGCAGAGCGGGCUGCACACUCGUCCCGUGGGCCCUGCCCACGCGGCCAGCAGACCUGGGCAGGGGGCAAGGUCACCUGAUCUCGUUGUGCUAGUAGCGAUGCUGCUCUGCCGUCCAGGGUCACUACAGCCUCUGUUUUCUUCGAAAUGACCUGAAUCUAGCUUCUUUAGCUCUCUGAAAAAGAGAGUUGUUGUGGGCCAUUUUACCUUGAGGUGAAAAAGGAAGGUCCAGCGUUUAUCUAUUGCACAUUGAAAGCCUUUGAAGCAUCAGUCAUGGCAACCAUCUAUAAAAGUCCUGGGUGUUUUCUCUUCCUGCCUCUUGUCGGCCUACAGAUGAAUCUGGGAUGUUCUCCCAGCAGUGGGAUUGGGCUCAGAGAGUGUGCUGCUUUUCUGGCUGCUGCCUCCGGAACGAGAGACGAUGAGGCAUUUGUCUCAGUGCUCUUUUCUUUUCUCCUUAAACACAUCCCAUUAUUUACCCAGGCCCUUCAGUAGCUAACAUCAGCUACUCCCUAAGGCCCAAUGACAGAUGCUUAUAAAGCAACCUGACAUGGCUAUUCCUCCCACAUAAGGAUGCAGUGACAGAUUCUGAGAAAUGGUUUGCAAAAUAUUUGAACCACUUUUGAUGUCUCACGUGGUUAAAUAGACAGCAUGUUCCGUGGCUGUUUGAAUUUGCCAGGUCCAAAUUGGCUCUUGUGCAAGGCGAAUCCGUAUGCGGCAGAUUAUUCAUUGUUCUAACAGUAACUAAUUGUUUCACACUUGACUCUAGUGUUGGCCUAGGUCUUUUAUCUCAUCUCUGAAAUUUCAAAAUCUGUAGAGAGGGCCCGGGUUAAUCAGUUUUCAAGUCCCCACCCACGCUGUGCUAGCUCUCCUUGUUUGCCUCUUCUCUCCUCAGCCUGACUCUGCACCUCUGCUGACUCUGGUAUCAUCUUCUGCCUGGCCAGUAGGGGGUGCUGCUGUGCAGGGUAACUGCCUGACCUGCUCCCUUCCUGACCCCCAGGAGGUCCUGCACUACCUCUGUCUCAUUCAGACUUUGGGGUAUAUCCUGAUAAGUCAUGUCAAAACUGCCAAAUUUUAGGUCUGAGUUUUUUUUUUUUUUUAAUCCUUAUAAACUCCACUUUGUACUUUAGAUUUUAAAACUGGGAAGAAAAUGUGAUAUACUUUGGACCACUUUUUUUAAUUUAUCAAAGCCUUAAUGAACAGUGUAUAUACAUUUGCAUAUGCCCCACCCACACCCACCCCAGAGUGUUUUCAAUGCGUCGGAGACCAAGCUGUAGCAUGAGAAUGGGGCUUAUAUAAUGUUCUAUAGAAAAAGAGAGCUUUCUGUGGGUGGGGAAUUUUCCAAGAAAACCUCUCAGACAUCUCCCCCUCGUUAAAGAUGUUACAUGCACAGCAACGCGUGUCUAAGAUGCAUGUCUUUUUGUUGGUUGCUCUUGUGUUUGUAUGGGGUCCCGACAGACUCCAAUGACACUGGCGACAGACCUCUGUGUACUGCGUUCUCAACCCAUAUCAGUGCAUCAAAAAGCCUUCUCGUGACCAUAACCCUGUGUCCACAGACAUCUGUGCUCCUAUAUAAACCAGUUUGCCCCUCUUCUGCAGACAAAUUUCACCUAGAUUGUCACUGUUUCUUUCAUGUUAACUUUGCACAACUUUGUUCUUCCUCCACUACUAUGUAUAUAAUACACACAUAUGCUGUCCAAAUAUAUCUGUAUAUAUUUGUAUAGCAUUUUUACACCUUUCUUGAGGAAUCCGGUUUCAGAGUUUAGUCCCUUCUACAGUUUUCUCCAAGCUGUGUCCUGAGAAUUCUGACCCUGGGAGCCCGAGAGAACCCCCAGGGAGAUGAUGAUCUAAUGUGACGUCACCUCUUCAUUUUCAGCAUCCAUUAGCAAAUGAAACAUGAAAAAAACAGUGACUUUUGAGGUGAAAGAGAGUUUCAAGCAUUCCAAAUGGAUUCUCAAUGUUUCGUAAGUUUUUAUUAUAAACCCACCUCCUACUAUAAAGCCAACUAUUUGAUACAGUGAUUAAAAACCAAUCUACUUGGAAAUGUUUUUAAAGACAACCUAUGGAUAAAUGCUCAUUUUCACAAUAGAAUAGCUUUAAACCGUGGUUGAAUUUGAUACAUACAGGAAACGUUUUGUUGCAGAACAAAUCCUUUUUGCUUUUUGGUUUUCUUGAGAGAUCUAAAGAGAAAUUGUGGAUUGUGUUCCUGAUGGCAAAAGAGUCAUGUGACAAAAUGAAGUCUUGUAAAGAAGUGAUGCAACUUGUCAAAUAUUUAAUAAAGAAUUAUGGAAGCUGGAGCUUUUUCUACA